AUGAUAAAGGCACGAAUUGCUUUGCCAUUGGUGUGUCGAGGUCUGAAUAAUGGCAUGUCUUUUGGUAUCACGAGAAAAUUGUCUCAAUCAAGUGCAUUGAUGGGUACUCGGGCUGCGAAAUUUCUUAAAUCUCAGCGGAAACGGCAAGCGAACGAAGCGAAACAGAUGAAGAUUAAGACGGCAUUAGACACAGUUGAUCCUGUUUUCGGUAAAAAGGAUACUCCAUUCAUUAUUCGUGUUAUGGCAGAACUGAAAGAGCCUAAAGUCUUGGCGGGUGGGUUCAAAAGCACCGAAGUUGAAAAACUCAUAGCAGGUGUCGAAGUAGCGGCAAAAGAACAGCGUGAACUUUCAGAAUUUAAUGAUGUGGGCAGUUUAAGCGGGAGCGAAACGCAGGAUGUUGAACUUCUGAGUGCUAGGAGAGAAGCCGUGAUGCGUAUUUUGAGCAUGAGAAACGGCAGUAACGGCGAUGCCAUCAAAUUGGCGAUACGCCUGGCACGGGAAGAGUUUCAGCGGUUCGAUGGGGAUACGGGAUCGAGCGAAGUGCAGGCCGCGAUUAUGACCGUCCGUAUUCAUAACAUUGCCAAGCAUAUCCAAGAAAAUAAAAAUGAUCAUAUGAACACGCGGAUUUUAAGAACUUUGGUUCAGCAGAGGCAGAACAUUCUAAAGUAUUUGAAACGUGACAAGCCCGAGAGAUAUUUUUGGACAAUUCAGAAGCUUGGUUUGAGCGACAGCGCUGUCAUUAACGAGUUCAACAUGGAUAAACGUUACAUGCAAGCAUAUAAGUUCUUUGGUGACAGAAUACUAGUCAAGGAAUCCAAAAAAGUAGCCGAUCAAAAUCGUAAGGACAUGCGUAAGCAGAAAAGGUCGGCUUCGAGAAUCUAA